AUGUCCUCCUUUCAAUCUCCCUCCCAGCCCUACCAGGGAAAUGCGGCGCCAUCUCGCCAAUUCGCCUCGUACAACCCGGUCGCCGCUGCAGCUCCCGCGGGGACUUUCCUCCCCGGUACCAAAGUCCAGGUGGGUAGUCACCGCGUCGUGGUGGAGAAGUAUCUCUCCGAGGGUGGCUUUGCUCAUGUCUACGUCGUGCGACCGCCGAAACCGAUCAAUGGUGCGGAGACUGCAGUCCUGAAGCGGGUCGCUGUGCCUGACAAGGCGGCGCUGGCAAACAUGCGCACCGAGGUGGAGACUAUGAAGAAGCUCAAGGGCCACCGGCAUAUCGUGAAAUAUAUUGAUUCGCAUGCUAAUCAACUGCGCGGGGGCGGGUAUGAGGUGUUCUUGCUUAUGGAGUACUGCGGGGGUGGCGGUCUGAUUGACUUCAUGAAUACCCGCCUGCAGAAUCGGUUGACAGAGCCUGAGAUCAUCAAAAUCUUCUCCGAUGUGGCCGAGGGUGUGGCCUGCAUGCACUAUCUCAAGCCGCCCCUGCUCCAUCGCGAUCUCAAGGUGGAGAACGUGCUGAUCUCGCGCACGGCGGGCGCACCCACCUAUAAACUGUGCGACUUUGGAUCCUCGGCCCCCCCGAGGCCUGCAGCGACGUCUGCUGCGGAGGGUCGAUUGAUUGAGGAUGAUGUGCAGCGACACACGACUCUUCAGUAUCGAAGCCCGGAGAUGAUUGAUGUCUACCGGAAGCAGCCAAUUGAUGAGAAAAGUGAUAUCUGGGCCCUUGGCGUGUUCCUGUACAAAUUAUGCUACUAUACGACGCCUUUCGAGGAAGUUGGCCAAAUGGCUAUUCUCAACGCUACGUUCAAAUACCCCGCAUACCCCCAGUUUUCAGACCGGUUAAAGCUUUUAAUCGCAUCGAUGCUCAAGGAGCUUCCUGAGAAGCGCCCGAAUAUCUACGAAGUGGUAAAGGAAGUGUGUAAGAUGCAAGGAAAAGAAAUUCCUAUCCGAGAUAUAUACUCCAACCGAUCUAUCUCCGACGCACGGAAACACCAGGUCUUGCCUCCCACGCCUGUAGAGGCCCCUGCAGUGGGUGCCAAAUUUACGCCUCCUAUGCAAGAAACACAGAUCAUCCCAGAGAUUGCGCCUAUGCGACGAGGUCGGCCUGGCAAGCCCGAGUCCCAACGUGACUCUGCUAAGCCGAGUCCUUCCCCAUACCGCGGUUCUACCAGUACAUCUGACCCGUUCGCGGCUUUAGAUGGAGGUUCCCGGGGGAAGAUGACAGCAGACGAAUUGUCCAAGCGAUUUCCCUCAUUGGAACAGUUUGAUAUCCUGCACGAAACGGGUGACAAAUUCGACUUUGAGCCUGCCAAGGAGUCUAAAAACGAGGGCGAGGAUCUCUCACAGAGACUUACCAAUGCUUUGGCCGAUGAUGCUUUUGCUCGGCAAUCUUCGCCCGAACGACAGGAACCGACCAGUCGGCAAUCACAGACAUCGCCCGUCCGAGCACCCAAGCUUCAAGAAGUCCCCAUUCGGCAAUCAGUCCCAUUAUACCAACCGACUCCUACGCGACCUGCAAUGGUUUCAACGGGUACAAUGACCUCACCUGCUCAGACGCCUCGUCUACCAGAUGCGAAGCUGUCUAGCCGCCCAAUUUACCGAUUUCCUCCCUCAGAGGAGCAACGAUCUGCGAGCCAGCCAUGGUCCCAAGAUGACCAGAAGGCCUCGUCGCCUCCUUCAAAUUUGAGACCUGAGUCCAGCCCACGAUUAUCAUCUGACCGACUUUCUCAUCAGUCCAACUCCGCACGUCCUUCUAUGGAACUGCGACGACCUACGACGCUAGAUGUGAAUGCACCUGCGGGUCGCUCGAGGUCUGCAGUUGGUAAAGGUCGUCCUGUUUCAGUGCAAGCCUCGGCGCGAUACGACCUGCCGCACGAUCACGAGGCUUCACGCUCCUCCUUGGAUCUCUCACGCUAUGAGGGUGGUGCGCCAAUUCGCCCCGUUCGUACGGAAUCGGAUCGAGACUAUGACCAGCCCAAUAUAUCGUCGGAUAUGGACUACCUACGGGUCAAAGAGGAGGAAGAGAGCAAUCGGAAGCGUGAGAAGCGUGCCAGCACUGGGGCCAAACACAGUAAGCGUAGCAGCUUGUCUACACUAUCCUUUUCUGGAGGCAAGAAUUUGUUCGCAGGUCGGUUUGGUGAUGCGUUCCGCCGUUUCGAGAGCAGCAACCCAGACAAGCCUACGACUCCAUCAGCUGAAGAGUUCCCUCAGCAAGCAAUUAUCAGCAGCUCAGAAAAUCUGGAGUCUCCUACCGAGGGGUUUUCUCCAUACCAAGAUGAUCCCCUGGAUGACUUGGAACGCGAGGACAUCUCCCCUGAGAUGCGCCGUGAGCUAGAACGCCGUCGUCUCUCCCAGGAGGAGAAGCGGGUGGCCAAUGCCGCAGCUGAAUAUCGGCGCCGGGUCGCCGAAGACGGAAGCGGUAGAGCUGGCACCGAUGGACGGUCUCGUGUGAUUCAAAACAGAGUCCAGACAUUGCUCAGUGAGACCCAGAAGCCGGUUGUUCCGAAGUCCGCCACUGGCUAUGGGAAAUACACCGAUACCCCUGCUUUGCAGGCAAAGCAGGAUAGUGAGCAAUCCUCGAACACUGGCACACUGCCCAUCUCCAAAACCCCUGGUCCAGCUUUCAGCCGGCUUGAAGCAGUUGUUUCAGCUCCGCCAGAUCGCCGGAAGGGAGCCAGUGCCCCUGCAGGACUCCCACAAUCUACUACUUCAUCUUCUACUCCACGCCCCACGACGUCGCGCCCAGCUGCGCCACCCAAGCCAAAAAACCUGCGUGUUGGUACUCAGGAGAGCUCCCGACCAGGAACCAGUGCCAGCCAAGACCGCAGCCCAUCUUUCCAGCAGUCGACGGGACCGGGCGGGGAAGACUGGGAAGCCAAUUUCAGCCGGCGUUUCCCUAGCCUGUCUGGAAUAGAAAUGGAGACAGAGAUUGAGAUCCCCAAGUUCCCGAAGCUGCGGACCCGGGAAGUGUAA